AUGGCGAACGUGUGCAACUGCAAGUUGCCAUUCUGGUUUCGUUGCUACAGAUCCUCCGCGGCGUGCCUCUGCGUACACUGUUCCAAUUUCUUGAAUGAAGAAAGUCAUGACAGCGAGUCGGACGACAGCUUGGGUCCUCUCGCUACUAUCACUCGGAGGGCCAAGUCCAGCACCACCGCCACUUGUCUUGCAAAAUACAAGACUCCUAAACUGUCGCGUCGUGUCCGAACAUAUGAACCGUCGCUUAUCAAAGAGAGCGAUGAAGUACAGGACAUGGCGACCGACGUGGUAAAGAUGCAUAUCGAAGCAGAGCUGCACGACAGAACAUAUCGUGACUAUCCAGUCAUCGACUUUGUUGAGCAUGUGUGGGGCUACAAGCCACAAGACCUGCCGACGGACCGAACGUAUACUCUCCCGUUCGGUGCCGUCAAUGGUUACGCGGAGUCAACAGAGAGAGCGGCGUAUGUCCACCUUGUCGAGCUCAUGACAACCCUCGUUGCUCAAGUCUACCCCGAAUCAUCAGCCGAUAAACUGGCAGCAACAGACCCGAGCUCCGCAAUUUCCUCAUUAUACUCUAUUCUCCUAUUUGAAGCUCAUGACACGGUCGACAGAAUCUGUGCUAACGACCCCGACGUGGGGUGCGAGACUGCACGAGGGAACUGGGAAUGGUUUCCCGCGUAUGGAGAAGUCAAGAAGACUUGUAUACGCAAGAUGGCGUAUGAAGCUGACAUGGCUAUUGAUCUCACGAGACUACACAAGGUAUAUUUCCAGCAGAUUAUCGACCAACGUUAUCCUGCUGUUCGUGUGACUCAAGGGGUCCAGGCUGCUCAUGAAGUGACUGGGUCCAACGAAAAGCGCAAGGACUCUCCUAAUGCGGAGACAAAUCGACCACACAAGAAGGUAUGCCUGGACGUUGCUCGGAUAUCCCCGACUCCCGCUGUGGAGAAGGAAAUGAAGAGAGGAGGUAUAACGAGACAAGAGGCACAAAUCGGAAGCUGCGCCACGGAGCUGAUGGCACACAACAUACGGUGCUACGGUACUGGGAUCAUAAUCGAGGACUUUAUGGUCAAGCUCUGGUAUGCGGACCGACAUGGCGUGGUCGUGUCGAGGCCAUUCGACAUGUUUAUCGAGUGUGACAAGCUGCUGUUGGUGGUGGCCGCAAUAGCCGGUGCUGAUAUAGCGAAGAUGGGUGUCUGCCCAUUGUUGCGAUUUCCCUCGAGUAAAUUCAAUAGCUAUGAAGACGUAAAGCUCGUGUUCCAGCCGGGUCCAAUGACCAAGGGACUGCCGGAGGUCAAAUUCACCAUCGACACAUCGCGAAUCGUUGAGACGGACUUUGGGAUCGUCGGCCGAGGAACAACGAUCAUUCCCCUGAAAGCAACCGCGGAGUUCGGGAGCGAAGACCUUGUUGCCAAGAUGGCUUGGCCCUCGGAGAGUCGAGUGGCGGAAGCCGACUAUAUUCGUGUGGUCAGGUCUCGCCUGGCGAAGAAGCCACAAUACCUGCGUCACAUUGUCGACAUGAAGUGCUGGAUAUCGCGGACGAUUGAGGAGAUUCAGCUACCUCGCGCCUUCAUGGGGCUGCACAACUUUGGCUCAAACAACAUCAUGUUCUAUCGGGAUGGUGGACGUGUUGUAGGAGUGCUGUGCGAUUGGGACCUGGCGACACACAUACGCCAUGAAGACGUGGCUGCUGACGACGAUUUAGAGAAUGUUGUACCGGACAAUGUCGCCAUGCAGACUGAGAAGACAGCGACUGUGCAUGGGGAUCCUGCAGCCAAUGCAGAGCGUGCGACAGGUGAGACAGGCGUAGCGAACACUGGCGAGCCGCCCGUCGACGGGGAUGUAAACCUUAGAACCGAGGCACGCUGCAAGGCAAGAUAUCGCACGGGUACAGGACCGUUCAUGGCUCUCGAUCUCCUGCGCACACGUCCGGUAGCCUUCCCCCGUUAUCACUACGAGUUGCAAUCAUUCUUCUUCCUACUGGUUUGGUUCUGUGUUGUGCACGAUCCCGUGAAGUAUGAGUUUGGACACUUUCCGGAGUGGGAGAACUCAGACAUGUUCACCAUCGGGCUCAACAAGCGCGAAUUCUUGUACGACGUUGACCUUUUCGACGAUAUCUCCUCCCGCGCAAAUCCUAUAUACCAGCCGCUCUGGAAAUCCUGGGUAAAGCGACUUCGCGUCGUACUUUGUUCUUAUUUACAUGAUCAUGACGGCAUACGCUUCCUCAAGGAGUCCCUUGUAUUGCAUCAAGAAAAUUACAGCGCCGCGAUGGUGGCGGAGACUUUGGAGGAGAUCGCGGCGACGAAGAAGCGCUUGCGCGAUCGACUGACUCGAGGGAAGCCUCAAUUUAGUGGGCGACGGGCGCUCGGGAUCAAGCCAGGUCGUCUUGCGCGCCUCGAAACAUGCCUGCAUAUCGGGCGAAAUGAACUCUCCUAG